AGUGAAUCGAGUAAUCGAACGAUGAUUGAUGAGAGGUUUUGCUUUUCUUGAAAAAAAAAAAAAUAAAAAUGAUUUUGUAUAAUUUCAAAGAGAGAUGAGAUAAAUGAAUGGAAUAUAAAGUGUCGAAAUAAUAAUGUGAUAAAUUUAUUUGCAUAUGUGCGGAGGGCGUUCACGAAAUAGCUGACGCGAAACUUCGUAAUAAUAACCUCUACAUAUGUUAGAGUUAAUUUGUGCCCCAUCAUAACCAAUGACGUGGAUAUAGGUUAAGCUCUUCUACGCUUAUGUAUUGCACAUGCGAAUAAAUAAAAUCAGUUAUAUCGGGCACGAAUUUUUCGUGAGGAACAAUUUGUAAAUAAUGUUCGAAAUCACGGAUACACAGAAAAUCGGGGUGGGAUUGGCAGGAUUUGGAAUUUCUUUCCUAUUCCUUGGUGUACUAUUACUCUUUGAUAAGGGUUUACUUGCUAUUGGAAAUCUAUUGUUUAUAUCGGGACUCGCGUGUGUUAUCGGACCAUGGAGGACUUUAAAUUUCUUCUUUCAAAGACAUAAAAUGAAAGCCAGUGCCUCCUUCUUAGGAGGCGUUUUUGUAGUACUUAUGGGUUGGCCUCUUAUAGGGAUGAUCUUAGAAACUUAUGGUUUUAUAUUGCUAUUUAGUGGGUUUCUACCAGUAGCAAUAAAUUUUCUACGAAGAGUACCUUUAUUGGGAACUGUACUGAAUAUGCCUGGAAUCAGUCGAAUUUUGGACAUAAUAGCAGGAGAUUCCAAUAGGACAACUGUAUGAUAAUUAUAUAAUUUAAACAUUUUUAACUUUAAUAUCAACAUUUUUGCUUAAAACUUGUAUAUAAAUCAAUCACAUAUGUAA